UGAUGGAUGAAAGAAAGCCAUGUAUUCUCAGUAGCCAACACAUUCUUUAUCAGUGUCUCUUUGAUGACUAACCUCAAUGAAAGAUCCAGAAGUCCAACAAUGAAAAAUCUUUUCCUAAUCUGUUUUUUGAGGUGGGUACGGUUUCCAUGGUCUCAGUCGAUCUCCCAUAAUAAGAUAAUCAACAACCCUUCCAUUGUAGCUGUAAUUUUCAUUUAAUUGAGACUCUCAUUGGCUAGUCAUAAAUAUUCACCUGAUAAUUCAUUGACUUAUCUUGAGGUUUUGUGCAAUAACGAUAUAAACCCACAACAGAUUGGCUCAUAGAAGUGAUGAUGGAAACCUUAAGCACCAAUUAGAUGGUUAAUGCCCUAGAUUUCCUGAUGUACUAGAUAAGGGAUAGCAAUCAAACCUGGUUUUGUCAGCAACAUUGGCCUUGCAUUUGCUGACAGCUCCAAAUUUUCUCUCAGCCUAAAUGAUCUGAAACCAACUAAAAUAUCCAAACCUGAUAGCAACUGGUGAACCGACAUCACCCACAAAAUGAAAACGGAUAAGCAUUAGAGCCUUAGCGUGAAGAAGGUAUCAGUAUGACUGUCAGUUUCUCCAAUUUACCCAUCUAUAAGAUACACUCCUAUUUGAUAGGUUUCUUCUUUUAUUAUCGUACCUCAGGAAACAAUGCUUUUUCCACUCCUCUCUGUACACCAUAAUCCUCCAACUUCAACAGCGCCAAGACCCACCUUGAACUCAACCAGAGAAUCCCAACCAAUCUUUCACCUCUUGGAGAGACAAAAGUGUUCACUCUUGAGGGACUUCCAACAAAUCCAUGCUCAAAUGAUCAUCACAGGAUACAUCAAUCAUAGCCCAUCCCUCAUCAAACUCAUCUCCCAUUCUCUCUCAGGAGACUCAACAGGUCUAGCUUUUGCCACCAUGGUCUUCAAUCACACAGAAAGAUCUAAUAUAAUAUUCUGGAAUACCAUCCUCAGAGGCUAUGUGGAGCACAACCUACCACAGAAAGCACUUUUGGGCUAUAUAGAGAUGCUUCAAGGAUCUGCCACCACCCCUGACAGAUUCACAUUCCCUUCUUUAUUGAAGGGCUGUGCACAGUCCUUGGCUUUCAAUGAGGGGAAGGCUUUACAUGGUCAGAUUGUGAAGCUUGACCUUGACUCUGAUCUAUACAUUGAAACCACACUGAUUACAAUGUAUGCAGCUUGCGGGGAUCCAUUCUCAGCUAGACUAGUAUUUGAAAAGAUGGGUCAGAGAAACCAAGUUGUGUGGACUUCAAUGAUCGGUGGCUAUGUGAAGAAUCAUUACUCAAAAGAGGCACUACAUCUUUUCGGUGCAAUGGAAGAUGAAGGACAAGAACCUGAUGAAGUGACCAUGGUGGGUCUCCUUUCUGCGUGUACAGACUUAAGGGAUUUGAAAUAUGGUAAGAAACUGCAUUCUCGCAUUUUGGAAUCUGGUAUGAAGGUUUGCGUUGUUCUUGGGACAGCUCUGAUCGAUAUGUAUGCCAAGUGUGGAGACUUGGAUUCUGCAAGAGAGGUGUUUGAUGCAUUGCCCAAUAGAAAUGUGUUUACUUGGUCUGCUAUGAUUUCUGGGUACUCUCAGAACAAUCAAAGCGGUGAGGCAUUGAGGCUGUUUAAGCAGAUGGUUACAGAAGCAAACCAAAAGCCAAAUGAGGUCACUAUCUUGGCAGUGCUUUCGGCUUGCACCCAGUUGGGUGAUUUAAAUCUAGGUAGAUGGAUCCAUGCAUAUGUUGGUGCUGCCCAACUGAAUUAUUCUACUAGCUUGCAGAAUUCACUCAUAGACAUGUAUGCAAAAUGUGGACGGAUUGAUGUUGCCCAACAGAUAUUUGAUGACAUAGUGAAGAGAGAUGUUGUCCCAUGGAAUACCAUGAUCAGUGCACUAGCCCUUCAUGGUCUCGCGGAGCAGGCUUUGGCCCUGUUUGCUUUCAUGCAAGUGGCUGGAAUCACACCGGAUGAUAUAACCUUCAUCGGGGUUUUGUCAGCUUGUAGCCAUGCCGGAUUGAUCAAAGAGGGGAACCACCAUUUUCGAAACAUGAAGGUUCAAUAUGGAAUAAUUCCAAAGUUGGAGCAUUAUGGGUGUAUGGUUGAUCUUCUUUGUAGAGCUGGUCUUUUGGAAGAAGCUGAAAGUUUUAUUAAGGAAAUGCCCAUGAAGCCAAAUGGUGCAGUGUGGGGUGCUUUGCUGGGUGGAUGCAGAGUUUAUAACAAUGUAGUGAUAGGGGGGAGAGCAGCAAAUCACUUGAUUAAACUCGAACCAGAAAAUGAUGGUGUUUAUGUGCUGUUAUCGAAUAUCUUUGCCAGACACAAGAAAUGGGAAGAAGUAAGCAAGUUGAGAGGGCUAAUGCACGAAAGAGGAAUCCGGAAAACACCCGGUUGCAGUUCCAUUAUUGUUGAUGGAAUUGCACAUGAGUUUCUUGUAAGAGAUCAUUCUCACCCAGAAUCAGAAAAUAUAUAUUUGAUGCUAGAUCAGGUUAGCCAAAAAUUGAAACAGGCAGGCUAUAUUGCAGAAACAUCAGAAGUGCUACUGAACAUUGAUGAGGAAGAGAAGGAAGACUUGGUUUUACAGCACAGUGAAAAGCUGGCAAUCUGUUUUGGUCUUCUGAAGACAAAAGCCAGUGCUGAAAUUCUCAUCAUGAAGAACCUCAGGAUCUGCCUGGACUGCCAUUCUGCAAUAAAAAUUAUUUCAAAGGUUUAUCAAAGGGAGAUAACCGUUCGGGAUCGAAAUCGUUUCCACCAUUUCAAGAAUGGAUCUUGCUCCUGCAGAGAUUACUGGUGAGACUGAGAUAAUUGAAAUAUAUGGUGCCUAACUGUAUAGUUAAAACAUUCUAAUGAAGAAUUUAAUACCAGU